CUUCGCGUUUUUGGGUGCCUUUGCUUUAUUUUAUUACCUCGUAAGGAGCACAAUAAACUGGCUCCUAAGACAGUUCGUUGUGUCUUUGUUGGCUAUAGUGAUCGUUACAAAGGAUAUAUGUGUUAUGAUCCAGUGGGUAGGCGUAUCCGCAUUGCCUAUCAUGUUCUGUUUAUGGAACACAUUCCUUACUACUCUCUCAAAGACUCCUCUGUGCGGGCUGUAUUUGAGCAAAGCUUAGCCUUUUUGACUUCCUUUUCUUUGUCUUCGGGUGCUCCGCAAGGGGGGGAAGGUAGUGAUGGUGAGUCUUCAGCGAGUGGUAGUGGGGAAAGUGAUGGCGAGUCUUCAGCGAGUGGUAAUGGGGAAACUUCUAGCUCUUCUUCACAUGCCGCCAACGGAGAAUCAUCCUCCUCCUCGUCCAUUAGCGGGGAAUCAUCAUCCUCGCCAUCUGAUCCAUCUCUAGUGGGGUCUUCCUCGUCCAGCAGCAGCUCGGCUACCUUGUUCUUCUCUACUGAUGACUCUAACAAUGACGACCAGGGAAAUAAUAAUGACUUCCAGCAGCCACAACUUCGUCGCUCUACUCGCAUAACUAAAGGGCAACCCCCUUUACGGCAUAAUGAUUAUGUGGGAUUUUCGGCGGAACCCAUUUUUAUACCUGCAAAUUAUCGCCAGGCUUGUGGUAUUCCUGAAUGGGAUGCGGCUAUGGUGGAGGAGGUGGAUGCAUUGGAAACUAACCAGACAUGGGAUCUAGUACCUCGUACUCCGGAGAUGUCAGUGAUUGGCAGUAAGUGGGUUUAUGACGUGAAGAUGAGACCAGAUGGCUCACUAGAACGACACAAGGUUCGUGUUGUUGCGCAAGGAUUCAGUCAGGAGUUUGGGAUUGACUACGAGGAGACAUUUGCCCCUGUUGCAAAAAUACAGACUGUUCGUUGUGUAUUGGCCGUUGCAGCUAUGAAAGGAUGGCCUCUUGUGCAAUUGGAUGUUAAAAAUGCAUUUUUGCACGGUGAUCUCAAAGAGACUAUAUACAUGGCUCGUCCUGCAGGUUAUACUAAGGGUGAUGCAAAUACAGUCUGUCGUCUGAAGCGGUCGUUGUAUGGUCUCAAGCAAGCUCCUCGAACAUGGUUUGAGAAGUUCCAUGGUACGGUUGUGCAGGCUGGGCUUUCUCAGAGUCAAAAUGAUCCCUCAUUGUUUCUGCAACAUACUAUACAUGGGAUUACAGUUUUACUCCUGUACGUGGAUAACAUGAUCAUUACAGGUAAUGAUCACUCAAGAAUUAAGGAACUCACUGAGACUCUUCAUCGAGCUUUUAAGCUUAAGGAACUCGGGAAUGUUUCUUACUUUCUGGGACUGGAGAUAGAAAGGAGUAAGCAUGGUAUUCUGGUUAGUCAACGGAAGUAUAUUCGGGAUUUGUUGGUAGAGCAUCAAUUUGAAAACUGCAAGCCGUGUACAACUCCUAUGGAACAAAAUUUGAAGCUAAGUAGAACUAGUGGAGAUUUGCUAGAUGAUCAGACGCAAUAUCGGACCAUUGUUGGUUCACUCAGGUAUCUUAGUUCUACUCGACCAGACAUUGCCUACGCAGUACAGGUAGUGAGCCAGUUCAUGGGCAUGGCACGUACGAUGCACUUAGAUGCCGUGCGCAGGAUUCUGCGAUAUCUGCAAAGUACUCAGGAUGUUGGUCUCUUCUUCCCAGCUAAAGGGGAGCCUGUGUUGGAGGCAUUUGCAGAUGCCGAUUUUGCUGGAUGUGUUGACACGCGUCGGUCAACGUCAGGAUGGUGUGUGCGGUUUGGUAGCUCGUUUGUAUCAUGGAGAUGCAAGAAACAGGAUCGGGUCUCAAAAUCUUCUACAGAGGCAGAGUACCGGUCCAUGUCAGAGGUUAGUUAAGAACUUGUAUGGCUACAACGACUUCUGGGUGAGCUGGACGUAGAGUGCAGUAUGCCUAUGAAGCUGUUUGGGGAUAAUACAAGUGCUAUUCGGAUAGCUACCAAUCCCGUUCUUCAUGAUCGGACAAAGCACAUAGAGACGCAUGUUCAUUAUAUCAGGCAGCUUGUGACAGAGGGAGUCAUUCAGCUUAGUUAUUUGUCAACAGAAGAUCAGACUGCAGAUUUGUUGACAAAGGCGGUUAGUACCAGCCGACAUUGGUUCUUGCCUAACAAAUUGAUGUUGCGUAA